UUAAACGUACACACUAUCAUCCUGCCAGUCCAAAUCCACAACCAAACAUCAGCGAACAUACACAUAGGCACACAGAAUACAUAGUUCAGCAUGGAGGCAGCCAUAUCAGCAGUAGCAACUGAAAUAUGUAGCCGAAUGAUAUCCUUUCUGAUCAAGAGGUACAAGGACAAGACUGAGAUAGAUGAGAAGCUUGACAGAGUGCAGCAACUCUUACUGAGGAUCCAUGCAGUUGUUAAUGAGGCAGAAGGGAGAUACAUAACCAAUCCUAUUAUGCUAAGGCAACUCAAGUGUCUUGUGGAGAGCAUGUACCGAGGGUAUCACAUUCUGGAUGUCUUCAGGUACAGACCUUUAUUGGAAAGAAUCUCUAAUGAGGGCGUUAAAAGCUUAUUAUCUACUCAGUGGGCUUCUUUUUCUCCAAUUCCCUUUAAGCGUUCUCGUACACUUUCUCGUACCGCAAGAAAUUUUCCUGAAUCGUCUAAAGAUCUGCAGAGUGUACUGGAGAAUUUAGAAUCUGCUAUUGCCAACAUGAAUGAGUUUGUUGUGCUGUUGGGGGCGUGCGAUCCUUGCCGCAGGCCAUAUGACAUGUACCUUUAUACAGACAACUUUAUGUUUGGUCGCCAUGUUGAGAAGCAACACAUCAUCAACAUCUUAUUGCAAGGUUCUGAAGAAUAUGGUGCUCCAACAGUCCUUCCAAUAAUUGGUGGUUGCAGAGUUGGUAAGAAAACAUUGGUUAGCCAUGUGUGCAAAAAUGAACGUAUCAAAGCGCAGUUUUCUUCCAUAAUGUUUAUUGAUGGAGACAACAUGUGGAGAGUGGACGAGGAAAAUCUUCGUAAUGGGAGGGUGUUAGCUGUUGUUGAAUUUGUUACUGACGUGGAUGAUGAAGACUGGGUGAAGUUCUACUCAACUAUAAGACACACAGCAGUUGAUGGAAGCAAAGUGAUAAUCAUUAGCAGAAUUCAAAAUCUUGCGAGGUUUGGAACCAUAAAGACAGUGUUUCUAAACAGUUUGACUCAUGAGGAGUACAGAUUCCUCUUCAAAAUGUUAGCAUUUGGAAGCAUAGAUGAAAAGGAUUACCCACAGUUGGCAGCAAUAGCAAGUCAGCUAGCAGUACUACUGGGAGGGUCUCUCGUGACUGUGAAUGUCAUUGCAGAGUUGCUGCGAAGGAACCAUGAUUUUAAGUUCUGGCUUCAUAUACUGCAGAGGUUCAAGGGAACGGUGGAUAACAACAUAUCAAUGUAUGGUGAUCAUCCAAAAGAUAUCCUUGAGAAGGAGCGGCCAAUAGACAUCACUAAUUUGAACUCAUGUCCCUCAUCUCUUUGUCUGAUGGCCCCUCGAGUUCAAAGGGGUGAUAAUUCCUCGGAACAUAAGUUAGACCAUUUUUCCUUUGGAGACCUGAUAACUGGAUCUUUUGCCGUACCAAAGAACCAAUUUGUUUUGUUUGUUUGGGAGUCACGGCUACCUCCAUAUACGAAGUUUGUCGCCGAUGUUGCUUAUUAUGAAAAGAAUGAAUGCUCAAUCUCUCCAAGGAAGCGGCGGUCCAUUGUUUGAUCCUUGUGAAGAAAGUUAAUGUUUUUCCUCUAACACGUAGCAGAGCUGCGUCUCUUUGUAUUAAGAGAGAAAAGUGGUACAAAAUACAAGAUGAUUGCUCCACACCUUGGACCAAAGCGAGGAAAGUGCUUUUUACAGAUUGGAAGAAAGUUACUGUGAUAUUGUGUGUCCUUAUUAGUAUAUAGGCACAUACAAAUUUAAUGUACACAUAUGUUUUUUUUUUCUUGGAGAAGCAUGCAUGUACCUGCUGAACUCUUAAUAUUUGCAGUCAUAGAUUUGUACAUCUAGUGAUUUCCUAAUCUUAUAUAUAUGUCUUAUAUGCAUUUUCGAACAAGUAGUAAUACAGCUUCUCUAUAACAUUCUCAAGGAUCA